AAAGCGGAAACAGGGCCGUCUACAGAAUUCCUACAGCCUUUCCCCCUCCCCCUUCCCCUCCUCCCCCUCGGCUUGAAUUACAAUCUCCGCAGCUGUUCGUGUUGCAGAAAGAGAGAGAGAGAGAGAUCCGACAAUCCUGCAGAACCAGAACUUGAAUUCUUGGCGAAAGAGAGAAAGACGAAGAUGGGUUCUGAAGAGAGCUGGGAUCGGGAGACGGGAUGCCAAGCUCCUGAAAGUCACCGGCCCUGUGCGAAUGGGUGUGGCUUCUUUGGGACGCCGGCGACUUUGAACCUCUGUUCCAAGUGCUAUGGGGAUUUCUGCAUCAAAGAACAGCAAGCGGCUUCUGCCAAGGUUGCCGUCGAGAGAUCUCUCAGCCCAACAAAAUCGAAAACGUCAGCGCAACAUCAACAGCAACAGAAACAACAACAAGAAGUAUCAGUUCCUUCCUUGUUCGUUCAUUCUUCUUCUUUGGCUCCUCCGUCAUCGUCAUCGUCUUCGUCUUCAUCUUCACCGUUUGAGAGUUCCUCUGCUUUAAAUUCCACGGCAACUAGUGUUGUUGGGGUGGAAUCAAGCGUGAAGAAGAGAUGCGUGAGCUGUAAGAAGCGGGUGGGGAUUCUGGGGUUCAAUUGCAGGUGUGGCAGUACCUUCUGCUCGGAGCACAGGUACCCAGAGGUUCAUGCGUGCACGUUCGAUUUCAAGUCCAUGGGUCGGGACGCCAUCGCCAAAGCCAACCCAGUUGUGAAAGCUGACAAGGUUCGGAGGUUCUGAGACUUCCCCUUAUGAGUAUGACUCAUCGCUUCCUGUUAGGUGUUGUCCUUUCAAGUUUGUGUUCUGUUCUUUCCUUUGGUUGGUUCAUGUUCUAUGAAAAAGUAAAGGUUGCGUUUCUGUGCUGUGUUUGGGAGUUGGGUCUCUUUUUGGAGAGUUUUCUUUCAGGGGGAAAGGGGGAAUUGGGAUGGGAAAUUGGGGGAAUGGAGAAUAGGCAGCUCAGCUGCAUCAGAGGAAUCCUUCCAGGCUGGUUUGAGUGGGUAAAGUGGAUUACAUAAUGGAGUGAUAAUGGAGUUGUUUGCAGUUCAGACCAUACUUUCUUUCUUUUAUUUUAUUCUAUUUUCAUUAUUAUCUUUUGCUGAAA